ACGCCUACCGAAGGACCCCAGGCCCACGUGUGUUCCUCUCUCCCAGCAGCGAUGGCAGACCUUCAGAUGAAGCUUCUUCGGAAGAAAAUUCAGAAAAGAAAUGAAAAGAAUAAAGAACGCAAACUACGGCAGAAGCAGCGAGAAGAAGAAGAUAAUGAGUCUAAAAUCUUUGAAGAAUGCAGUGCCAAGGCGGGUGAAGAGGCCGCAGUUCCAGACACACAUCAGGACGAGCCUCAGAUAGAUCAGAAGGGUCUGUCCAAUGAAGAGGACAGUGUCACAGAGAACAGCAGCAAGAAGAAGAAGAAAAAGAAGAAAAGAAAACUGGAUGAAGCUGAUGAUGCCACCAACACAGAUGUGAAAAAAUCCAAACAGGGGAAUUGUGAAGGUGAUGGAGAUGAGACGAUUGAGCCCUCAGAGGCAGAAGACAAGCAUUCGAUUGAGGUGAGAGAAGAGGAAUGUGAGGAUGGAGUGGAUGAAGAGGAGGGUGAUGAGGAAGAUGAGGGGCCAGCACUUCCAUCAGGACUGACAGGAGCAUUCGAGGACCAGUCAUUUGCGUCGCUGGCGGAGCUUGUGAGUGAGAAUACAUUGAAGGGUGUUAAGGAGAUGGGCUUUGAGUUCAUGACUGAGAUCCAGCACAAAAGCAUUCGCCCCCUACUGGAAGGGAGAGAUGUGCUGGCAGCUGCUAAAACAGGCAGUGGGAAAACUUUAGCUUUCCUCAUUCCUGCCAUAGAGCUCAUUUACAAACUCAAGUUCAUGCCAAGAAAUGGUGCUGGAGUGCUCAUUUUGUCCCCAACGCGUGAGCUAGCCAUGCAAACUUAUGGAGUACUGAAGGAGCUCAUGACCCAUCACGUGCACACAUAUGGCCUUAUUAUGGGUGGCAGCAACCGCUCUGCCGAAGCACAGAAACUUGGUAAUGGAGUCAACAUCUUGGUGGCCACACCUGGAAGGCUGCUUGACCAUUUGCAGAACACACCUGGUUUUAUGUAUAAGAACCUGCAGUGUUUGAUUAUUGAUGAAGCAGACAGGAUUCUGGAGGUUGGCUUUGAAGAAGAACUGAAACAGAUCAUAAAACUGCUGCCAAAGAAGAGGCAGACCAUGUUGUUCUCAGCUACACAGACCAGGAAGGUGGAGGAUUUGGCACGGAUCUCCCUGAAAAAAGAACCGCUAUAUGUGGGAGUGGAUGACAACAAAGAAACGGCCACUGUGGAUGGACUGGAACAGGGUUAUGUAGUGUGCCCAUCUGAGAAGCGCUUCCUGCUGCUCUUCACGUUUCUAAAGAAGAACCGCAAGAAGAAGUUGAUGGUGUUUUUCUCCUCCUGCAUGUCAGUGAAGUUUCACUAUGAGCUGCUUAACUACAUCGACUUACCCGUCAUGGCCAUCCAUGGCAAGCAGAAGCAGACAAAGAGAACCACCACAUUUUUCCAGUUCUGUAAUGCAGACUCGGGCAUCCUGCUCUGCACUGAUGUCGCUGCCAGAGGGCUCGACAUUCCUGAGGUGGACUGGAUCGUCCAGUAUGACCCACCCGAUGACCCAAAGGAAUAUAUCCACCGUGUGGGCAGAACUGCUCGAGGUAUUGAUGGCAGAGGACAUGCACUUCUCAUCCUCAGGCCUGAAGAGCUUGGCUUCCUGCGUUAUCUCAAACAGGCCAAGGUACCAUUGAGUGAGUUUGAAUUCUCCUGGAGCAAGAUCUCAGAUAUUCAGUCACAGCUGGAGAAGCUGAUUGAGAAGAAUUACUACCUGCAUAAAUCAGCUCAGGAAGCAUACAAGUCAUACGUGAGGGCGUACGACUCUCACUCCCUCAAACAGAUCUACAACGUACAGACGCUGAAUCUUCCCCAGGUGGCGCUGUCAUUUGGCUUCAAAGUACCACCCUAUGUUGACCUCAAUGUGCAUAGCAGUAAAGGUGCAAAGCUGCAGAAGAGAGGAGGCGGCGGAGGCUUUGGCUACCAGAAAUCCAAAAAUGUGCACAAGGCCAAGAUCUUCAAGCAUGUCAACAAAGGAAAAGGGGACCACAGACAGUUCUCACGCUGAGCCUGCAAUUUUUUCGUAUAAUUUUUCUACUUAAGCUUUUUUUUCUGUCCUUAUUACUUCACCAUGGAUGGAUGGAAAGAGUCAUUUUUUCCAUAAUGUGGCUGGUUUGUGAAACAUCAGGUUGUUACUUAGAAUAAGUAUUCAGAGAAGCUCAUCAGCAGAAGACUGAACUUUGGGCUGUUUUCAUUCCCUAUCUCUAUGUUGGGGAAAUCUCUAAUCUGCUUGUUCAUACGGAAUCCAUUUGAAUUGUACAUUGUUUGUCCUGUCCUCUUUAUAUUGCUGAACUAUUGAUAUAUUAAAGAAAUAAUCAAGAACCCUUA